CGACAAGCUUAAACAACCAGAGUUCUUCGUCGAUCGCUUCGGCAAGCAUGCCAAUAUGCAUCACAUGCAGUACGCCAGUCAAGAAUCUAUACACCGUCUACAGCAAAGCCGAUGACCGGACGCUGGGGAAAGGGGUCCGACUGACCCAAUGCCCCAACUGUAAGAGGUUUGCGGACAAGUACGUCGAGCAUGACUUUGUGGUCUUGUUCAUAGACCUGGUCCUGAUCAAACCCCAGGUCUAUCGCCACCUCUUGUUCAACAGGCUUGGACGCUCCGACAACAGAUUCGACCCCAGCAUCCUCCGACUGGGCAUCUUACUCAUUCUGUUCGACGUCUACAUCACAUGGGCUCGGAUCGAGAAGAGCAGUACCGUCAAUGGAGGCAAUGAGUACGGCUCGGGCUUGACCGGGAUGCCCAUCCUCACACAAUAUCUCUUCUUCCUCACCAUGAAUGUGUUGGCCACCGCCGCUCAGCAUGCCAUCAUACGUUUUCUGGCCCGUGUUUUGGUCAAGGAGCGUGAGCAUCCGCAGCAGCAGCAGGACGGAAAGCCCGACGGUCACAAAUCACCUCAGUCUCCAGCGGCGAAGACGAACAUCCAACCCAUAGUGGUUCCGGGUCACGCCUCGCCGAGCGCGAUCAGCACCGCCUUACUCGUGUCGAGUUGCACCAAGCUGUUCCCCAUUUUACUCGUCAUAUGGCCAACGGAAGUCAAGGGCGGUGGCCCGUCGGGCUUUGCGUUUCGUGCGACAAACUAUGUGGGAUGGGCAGUCAUGGUCAACAACAUCGAGGCCCUGCUUAUCUUGCUCAAUUGCGGCUAUGUCGCUGCCACUGGCAUGGCGGUCUCUGGCAUGCUCGCGAGGUGGGCCGUCGAGUAUUGGGCUCUGAGUCUCGUAGGCUUGGGAACGGAUUCCAAACCGCUGGGAGACCUCUCCUCGGCGGCCGUAAACGUUCUGAAAAGGUAGAUCACCACAGACUUGUAGGCAAUCGCCAGACCAGAACGACAAUCAGGCCACCAAACGUGCACAAUUGACGCUUCU